AUGGCUUCAAAUAAUACUCCAACCACUCCAACAACAAUAACUAUUACUGAUCGAUCAACUGAUGAUGAAACUAUUAAUACCAAUACAAAUAAUAAUACAAAUAAUAAUGUAAAAUAUACAAAAUCAUCAAUAUUCCGAUCAGUAUUAUCAUAUUAUUAUCAAGCCCAUCAACAAGUUAGAUAUUAUUUACCAUAUUCAAAUAAUUUUUUAGCCUCUAAAAUAACUGAUAAUUUAUAUUUAGGAGAUAUAAAUGAUGCAAUGAAUGUACCUGAAUUAAAAAAUCAUAAUAUAACAAAUAUAGUAACUUGUGUAAAAUCAUUAGAACCAUUUUAUCCUAAUGAAGGAUUUUCAUAUUUAAAUUUACAUUUAUAUGACAUGUCAGAUGAACAAAUAGAUCAUACAUUUGAUGAAUCAUUUAAUUAUAUUGAUAAAUGUUUAAAUAAUAAUGAAAAUGUUUUAAUACAUUGUAUGAAAGGUAAAAGUAGAAGUGCUUCCAUUUUAAUUGCAUAUUUAAUGAGAAAAAAUCAAUGGUCUUAUUUUAAUACUUUACAAUUCGUUAAACAAAAAAGAAAUAUUGUACAACCUAAUACUGGUUUUGAAUUACAAUUAUUACAUUAUGAAAAUAGAUUAAAAAAUAAUAAUUAUUAUCUUUAA